AUGGUAGCUUCCUAUUCAAGGUAUCUUCCAUCACUCGAAGACCUUGUAAAGCUCUUAAAACUCUCCGCCGAUACUAAAAAUCUAAACUUUGGCAAAACCAUCCACACUCAGUUGCUCAUUCGCCACCAAUCUUCAAACCACCACUCCCACAUUAUUCAAACCAACUCCCUAAUCAAUCUCUACGUCAAAUGCUCUAAACUCCGUUUCGCACGUUACCUGUUCGAUGAAAUGCCCAUUAGAAACGUUGUUUCUUAUAAUGCUUUGAUGGGUGGGUAUUUGCAUAAUGGGGAGCAUUUUGAAGUUAUUUCACUCUUCAAAAAAAUGGUUUCGUUGUUUCAAAAUGAUGUUUUAGUCUUACCAAAUGAGUAUGUGUUUUCGACUGUUCUUUCUGCUUGUGCUCAUAGUGGAAGAGUUUUCGAAGGGAUGCAAUGUCAUGGGUUUUUGUUCAAGUUUGGUUUGAUUUUUCAUCAAUAUGUGAGAAGUGCUCUUGUUCAUAUGUACUCGAAGUGUUUUCAUGUUGAUUUAGCAUUGCAGGUUUUGGAUAGUGAACAUGGUGGUAGUAAUAUUAAUGAUGCUUUUUGUUAUAACUCCGUGUUGAAUGCGCUUGCGGAGUCUUGGCGUUGGGGUGAGGCUGUGGGUGUUUUGGGGAGGAUGGUGAGUGAAGGAGUGGUUUGGGAUAACGUUACUUAUGUUAGUGUCAUGGGACUUUGUGGUCAGAUUAGAGAUUUGCAAUUGGGUUUGCAAGUUCAUGCACAGUUGUUGAAAGGUGGUUUAGUGUUUGAUGUUUUUGUUGGUAGUAUGUUGGUAGACAUGUAUGGAAAAUGUGGCGAGGUUUUGGUUGCGAGGAACGUUUUUGAGGGUUUGAAAAAUCGGAAUGUGGUGGUAUGGACAUCCCUCAUGACUGCUUAUUUACAGAAUGGAGAUUUUGAGGAGAGUUUGGAUCUGCUUACGAGUAUGGAUCGAGAAGGUACUAUGGCCAACGAGUUCACUUUUGCAGUUUUGCUUAAUGCUUGUGCAGGUAUAGCAGCACUCAGACACGGCGAUCUAUUUCAUGCUCGUAUUGAGAAGUUAGGUUUUAAGAAUCGUGUUAUUGUUGGAAACGCUUUGAUAAAUAUGUAUUCUAAGAGUGGAAGUAUUGAUUCUUCGUAUGAUGUGUUCUUUGAUAUGCCGUGUCGAGAUAUUAUCACUUGGAAUGCUAUGAUAUGUGGAUAUUCCCAACAUGGACUCGGUAAACAGGCUUUACUAGUGUUUCAAGACAUGGUGUCUACCGGAGAAUGUCCAAACUAUGUAACUUUUGUCGGUGUUCUAUCCGCUUGUGCUCAUUUGUCUCUCGUAAAAGAAGGGUUUUACUAUUUGAAUCAGUUAAUGAAACAUUUUAAGAUUGAGCCAGGAUUGGAGCACUACACUUGUCAGGUUGCGGUUCUUUGCCGAGCCGGUCUGCUUGAAGAUGCUGAGAAUUUCAUGAAGACAACAACACAUGUGAAAUGGGAUGUUGUUGCCUGGCGAAUUUUGCUUAAUGCAUGCAAUGUUCAUCGAAAUUAUAGCUUGGGGAAGCGAAUUGCAGAAACUAUCUUACAUAUGAACCCUCGAGAUAUGGGGACAUAUACAUUGCUAUCGAAUAUGUAUGCAAAGGCACGUAGCUGGGACGGUGUCACGACUAUUAGGAAAAUGAUGAGGGAAAUAAACGUUAAGAAGGAACCUGGAGUGAGUUGGCUUGAGAUAAGAAAUAUCGUCCACGUCUUUUCUUCAGAUGGAAGCAAUCAUCCAGAGUGUAUUCAGAUUUACGAAAAGGUUCAACUAUUGCUAGAAAUGAUUAAGCAAGUAGGAUAUGUGCCGAAUAUUGAAGCCGUACUGCAUGAUGUGGAAGAUGAACAGAAGGAAAGUUAUCUUAAUUAUCACAGUGAGAAGCUGGCAAUAGCGUAUGGUCUCAUGAAGAUACCUUCUCCGGCACCCAUUCGUGUAAUUAAAAACCUUCGGAUAUGUGAGGAUUGUCACACUGCUGUAAAACUAAUAUCAAAGAUCACACACAGGUUGAUAAUUGUUAGAGAUGCUAGCCGGUUCCAUCAUUUUUGUGAUGGGACAUGUACUUGUGCCGACCACUGGUAG